UGUGACGCGAGUGAAAGCUCACGAAGCUAGCAACCUUAGUGGUGAAAAGUUCCUUCUGGUUUUGCUUGAAAUGUCAUCGAAACCAACAAAAUGGCAGCUAGGUAUAGUAACGCUCACAAUAUUGUUCAUUACAUUCCAAACAUACAACUGUGACGAAAAUGGUGAAAUCUUCGAUAUGAUAAACAAAAACACGUUGGAAUUCAACCGCAUCGCCUCGGAUAUAGCAUGGAAAUCUUCGAUUGACCCUGACGAUCAGAAUUUACCCAGAAUUUCGGGUAAUUACCAGAAAAAUAGGAUAAUGUGGCAACAAAGUAUGUGCGACAGACUGGCAACACUGAACUGGUAUUCGCUUAAUGAAACGUAUCACAGAAUGGCUUAUCUUCUCUGCCGAGGUCCAAGGUUCAGUUUUCAAGAAGCUAGCAAUUUAAGAACCAUAUACAAUGAACUACAGUCUAUAUACGCAAAUAAUAAAAUUUGUAUACAAUCAGAGAAUAUUAUAUCAAAAUCAUAUUUAUCCGAACUCGAACGUGAAAUAACCAAAUAUUUGAACAAAGAAAAUCCUCUAGACUUACCAAAUGAUUCAAAUAAAAUCGUAUGUUUGGUUGGCGAGAGUGAAGUAGGAAACAUGAUGGCUAUGUCAAGAAAUGAAGAAGUAUUGAAAUGGCUGUGGGCUUCGUGGAGGGAGAUGGGUUCAAAGUUGAAGAAACCCUACGAAGAAUUGGUGAAGAUUGAGAAUAUGGCUGCUCGACGUAAUGGGUACACAGACAUAGGAGAAGCUUGGCGUGAAGAUCUCGAGGUGCCAAAGCUGAGGUCGUUAUGUAGACGACUGUACAAUAGCAUAAAGCCUCUGUACACUUUACUUCAUGGUGUUGCAAGGUUCUUCCUAAGAAUACAUUACGGCAACAUUGUGCCGGAGAGAGGCUACAUACCUGCACAUUUAUUUGGAGAUUUAUGGUCGCAAAAUUGGGAUUCAAUCAUUGACAUAAUGACACCACAAUCAAUUGACCUGGACGAUAGUAUGAAGCGACAAAACUGGACCGUAUUUCAUAUGGUGAAACGUGCAGAAGAUUUCUACCAGUCGCUUGGCCUGCCUGCCAUGACAGAGACUUUUUGGCGCGAAUCCGUGUUUACGCAAGAAAAUGGCGUCGCGAGGUGUCAUGGCGCUGCGGCGGACAUGUUUAAAGAUGGCGAUUAUAGGCUGAUCUACUGUGCGGGCACAACAAUGCAAGACUUCUACGUCCUUCACCAUGAAAUGGGUCAUAUACAAUACUAUAUUGCUUAUGAAGACCAGCCUGGACUAUUUAGGCAAGCCAACACGGCUUUGCAUGAAAGCAUUGGAGACUCAAUAAUGUACGGUGUGAUGACGCCUCAACAUUUACAUAGACUUGGUUUAAUAAACGAUUCUGUUUUAUAUGAUAAUGGAAAAGACAGAAAAAAUUAUAAUUUCAACGAAGUAGAUGAUAAUAUUGAAAGAACUACUGAAGAAACAUUUGACAAUAAAGAAACAGAAAUAAAUGAAAAUGUCUUUAUAGAUAUUGAAUCAACUGAUGAUCUUAUAGUUCUAAAACAAGCUUUAAACAAAAUACCACAAAUACCAUUUUCGCUUAUCACAGACGAGUACAGGUGGCAAUAUUUCGAAGGAAAUAUAGAUAAAGAUAACGAGAACAGUGUGUUUUGGAAUAUGGUACAAGAAUUGAGUGGAAUUACUUAUCCCGUUGAGAGGGGAGAGAAGUAUUUUGAUGUUGGAGCCAAAUUCCACGUUCCUGACAAUACGCCUUAUAUAAGAUACUUCCUCAGCAGCUUCCUCCAGCACCAGAUCUUCGAGGGGUUGUGCAAAGCCGCGGUGUUCGGGAGACGUGACGUUACAGAGGACGUGCCUGACACGAUCACUCCUAACCGCUGUGAUAUAUACGGUUCUAAGAGUGCUGGGAAGAUACUGAGAGAUCUCAUGUCCCAAGGCCACUCCGAACACUGGAGGAUAAUACUGUCAUCGACGCUUGGAAUUGAAGAAAUAUCAUCGGAGUCUCUUUUGCGAUACUACCGGCGACUACAAGAUAUUUUGCAGAGAUUCGUCGUAAAAUAUCACGUUCCUAUUGGCUGGUAAUUUGUAGGAAAAAUUCUGUGCUUUAUUUAAUAAAUAGAAUAGAUUUAUUUUCAAAAUUGGAUACAAGGUAUCACUUAUUGACGUCACAUCACUUAAAUCUAAUUAUAACUGCUGCCGCUUCCAAAGCGCAUGUGUAGAGGAAGCGGCGGAACAAACUGCACUGCAGCAUUAAUAAUAUACAUAUCGAUUGCAUUCACGAUUAUAAUGAUUUAAAAAAAGGUAUUACUAAGUCCACAGAUGUAGGUAUAAUGAAUUGUGACAGAGUGAUCGUUUAAGAAAAGAGAAAGUAAAGGUUGCCGAGGUCAGAUGGGAGUCGCUUCUUGUGAAAACCUCACCCAAUCCAGGAUUUUAAAAAAUUGUGAGGAAAGAGUGUUAAAUACUUAUUGUCGAUAACAAUUCUAGCUGUUGUUAUCAAAACUCGGAAACAAAUUUUUAAUGUCGCGAGGCCAAGGAAAAAUAAUAAAAAUCAUUUUUACAUAACAAUAAAUACGCUUUAUUUAACUUAAAUUAAAUAAAAAUAUACACGACAAUUUGUUCAUAUACCUAAUAAUAAUAGUAAAGAAAAAAAUCAAGAAUAACCAUAAGAAAAUAAAUUAGA